CAGGACCCAGCUUGGGUCACCCCCGAGCUCUCUCUCUCUCUCUCUAUUGUACACAUUAAAUUACCCAUAAAAACGGAGUCACAAAGAAGCAAACACAACCUCAUUUCAACCCUGUAAUGCAUAUCUUAUGUUGGUCUACUUAGAUUCAAGUGUCAAUCUUCCAAAACCCUCCAUCUACUAAAAUCUUCCUUCCUCCCAUUUCUUACCUUUACUUACACUCUCCUUCCCUUCCUCAUUUCUUUCCUCCAUGCUUCCUCGUCCCUUUCUCCUUUUCCUACAUCAUGGCCUUGAGGUCUCAACAACUAUUGGGAAUCAUUUUGUGGCUCUCUCUCCUCUUCCUCCUUCUCUUUCAUGGAUUGCAUAAUACCAGGUCAUCUAAGACCAUAAACCACCACCCAUUUCUUUAUCAACAUACACUACAGAACAGGAAAGUGUUGGCAUCCAAAUUUGAUUUCUCUCCGUUCAAGAGACGCCACCCAUAUGUGGUGGUGCAACCGGAGCCGGCGGAAAGCGAGAUCGAUCCACGUUAUGGUGUUCAAAAGCGUAUAGUCCCAACUGGUCCAAACCCAUUGCACCAUUGAUCAGGUUCCUCAUGCACUGAUUAAUUAUGUUGUUAUUACAAUCAUCUCUCUCUCUCUAUCUCUUUAUGCAAUUAGAAGAUUGAUUGUAGGUGAGAGAAGCUCUCUUAAUACUUGUAAGAUUCCAUUCUUUCUUUUUCUCUUUUAUGUAACCUGGAAACAUAUGAUUCAGAUCAGAUUUAUAACCAAAACACUUUGAAUCAAA